GGGCUUGCACAUUGGCACAAGCCAGCGAUAUGAUCGAUUGAUCGAGAGCAUGGGCGAGUCCAGCCAGGAACACGGUAGAAUUCACCGGCGCCUCCCUGCACCAUUAAUCUACUGUACUUGGAACGGCGAUGACGCAGUACUUGACUGUUUGCGAUGGGUGCGCCCGAUCUCCCGCCAGACGUCCUCCGCAAGCUGCUCGAUCAGCUGCUCGACGACAAACGCACCCUGUCCAGUUGUGCCCUCGUCUGUCGCGUGUGGCUUCAGAUCGCACGCCCGCUCUUGUUCCACUCGAUCAAUGUCCGCAUUGGAUUGGCCAAUCGGGCUGGCUUCGUCGACCAGCUGGCUGUCUUCGUCGACCAGCUGGCUGUCUUCGUCGACCAGCUGGCUGUCUUCGUCGACCAGCUGGCUGUCUUCGAUGCCUUCUUGCAGGAGACGCCACAGCUGGGUGUACUUGUGAAGAGGUUGGCGCUUGCGAAUGCGUAUGAAGACCUGUACAAAGGUCGCGGUCGGCCUGCAGUCAAGCUCUCCGUCCUCGCUCCCGUUCUGGCCAAGCUGCCUAACCUCGUACACCUAUCCUUUCACUCGGUCUCUCUCGUCUUCGCUCCCCAGCUUCCACCCCUCUCAUUGCGCCUUGACCGACUCGAGCUAUUUCAUGUCCCUGUUGCUCGCAACCCGCUUUCAAUGUACGGUGCACCCAUUCUCGAUCUUCUCUCUCUUUUCUCCUCCAUCAAUACCCUUUCCCUCAUACCAUCCAUCUCACCGCCAUGGAUCGUUCAACCAGUCUUCAUCUCUCUAAAGUCGAUACCCAUCAAGGUUCGGGUACGCACGCUCUCUGUGCUUGAUAUCGUCAAGCGUGGAUACGAUCUUGCCCUUGCCCUCCUCAUUAAUGCCCUCGACUUUUCCUGUAUCACGCGGUUUACGGCUCGCAUCAAUUCAGUGGAUGAUUUGUUGCCUGUUGGUGGUGUCUUGAGGAGGAUGGACGGUCUGAGAGAGCUCGAGUUAAGUUUGUUCACUGAGGAAUCAGUCUCACAAGCCCAAUGGUCUAUUCUCUGUUUAUCAACCCUCACCUCCCUCAGAUCCCUAACUCUCAACGUUACUCUUACUCCCACCAGUGUCACGUCAGGGUUCCGCGCUUUCCGUUCUAUCGUCCCGCUCAUCUUGAGCUUGUCUGUACCCCUUCCUACCACGCCUGAUUCAAGACCCGAUUCGACCGCAUCUACUCCACGACCUCUCGAGCCCGCUGCGGGAACUCUCGCGUCUGCAACUACAAGUCUUUCUAAUCAUGCGCAUACAUCUAACGCCUCAAACGCUCGCAAUCUUCUUGCCUGUCAUCUUCUACCCCGCACGCGAACGCUAUGACAAUCUGUAUACAUCUACACAUCCUUACCGCCUCGCUCUCCCCUCCCCACGUAAGCGAUGCCUUGAAUAACUUCACGUGGUAUGCGUUCGCUGGUGCACUUUCAUCAACACAUCAAGCGAGGAGGUUGAAAGAAGUCAAAAUCAUCGUGUAUCCAGAAUCUGGAGUGUUGUCGCUGUGUGAAGAGGAGGAUCGUUUCGAUGGUCGUGAUCACGUCGCUAGCGAGAACGAGAAGACGGGCGAUCUACUAUUUUCAGGAGAUCUUGUUGACGUCAUUAGGGAGAAGUUGUGUGAGGUCGGGUUGGAUGCGUUGGUGAAGGUGGAAGUGGGGAGCUAGUUGGUGAUCGGUUAGGCAUGGGAUUUUCGGCAGCUUUCGAGGAUGGCGAACAGAUGAUUUGGGAUGGCACCGCAUUUCGAUGUGGUGUCAUCUAUGUUUGCACGCUUCACAGGAGACGUGCUUAUCCACCUCAUGUCUGCGGACGCUCAUGCUCAACCCCCCCUCAAGGCGUACAAUGAUACAUGGACAUGUCGAAUAUCUCUUGUCACCUUGUUGUGGAUUUAAACCCUUACGUUGCUUCCGCCCGCCCCACCCGUUUCCUUCCCCCCUUUUUCAUGAGGCAGGCUUAAUCCAUCCCAUGCUUCUAAGACACUCAUGCUCAUUGGGACAUUAUUCUGGAUUUUAACUCUUCCGUUGCCCCUUCUCCCUCCCUCCCUCCCUUCUUUUUCUGAGGUGUACGUCAAUCCAUUCAAAUAUCUUUUGAAACUCAACUUGUCACUUCUUAGAUUCAUCUUGAUGAUAUGAUUUUGACAUAUGCGACGUCUUGGAUUAACUUUUGUUCUGUCACAUCUAGGUCCUUCGAGCCCUGUUUAGCUCUAUCUCUGUAUCCGACUUUAUCUCUUAGCCUCGUUUACGACCUUCUAGGCAGCGUUCGUGUAGAGGACGACAUUCUUGACACUAGCAAUGAAUUUGUCCGGACGCCCGGAUUUACGCCAUUCGGGGAUAUUUGACCAAUCAGCACCCAGAAAGGUCUAUCAAGAUAUCGACCUGGAGGACAAACAAUAGAACAUGUCUCUCUGUACGUCACACCUGUAUGAGCCAUAAAGGCUCUCUUGCGCACCGUGCGUGUCUACUUCAACACUUCUGGUCUGCUUUCGGUGUCGCCUCGGUUGACUUUCGCUCAGUGUUCAGACGUUGAACGCGCAUGGUCCUUUGGGAAAUUAUUGUGCGGAGUCAAUGUCAUUACGUUAUCCAUGUUGGAGUUUUGCUAUUGAAGAAUUCUUUGGUGUGGCGGCUACAUUCGAAUUAAAGAGUACUAAACUUCCUCAUUGCGGAGUGCCACCGCUGGCUCGAAUUCUGUGCAAGUCUCGAUUUGGAAUACAUUAUGUUGUUCUACGCCGAC